CCUCAUCCAUUUUAUAUGUGCCGCCCAGUAGACAUAAGCGUACACGACUCGGAGUAGCGAUCGAAACCUGGCCAUUCCACUGACGCGAUAAUCAGGCUAUACACAACCAAAGCUAUAUCGUGAUCUGGCAUAGAAGUGGAAAUGGCUGAUGCCACAUGGCUUGCAGAGGCUGUUGUUGAGUUCUUGAAGGGGCCUCUUUACAUAAACCCAUUAAUGUCUUUUAUCGAUGAAAGAUGCAUGAUCUUUACCCCGGAAGAGGAGAACAAGCUGGAAUACACGACGAUCCACAACGACUUUAAGGAGCUUGUUGAUCGGUUGUUGACGGAUUUCUUGGAGGAUCUGGGUGUGGGUGCCGAGCAGUUCUAUGAGAUCGUGGCUGCCGCCCAGGACUCCGACCAGCUCACCAACUUCGUGGUUCAGACCAUCCUCACCGUUGACGACUUCCUCAUGUUCAAAGCCAUGAUGGUGAAGCGCAACAUUGACCUCACAAACCAGGUGCUACAGGCCUAUGAGCAGCUAGAGGCCCAGCUGCAGGCGGCAGCUGCAGCGGGUGCCGGUGCUGCUGCCGGGGGGGAGGGGGAGGAGGGAGUGGCUGCCUCCGCUCCCAGCAUCACCUCCCAGGCGGCAGCUACCAGUGCGGAGGAGCAAGCGCUGAAGGAGGUUAUGGAGCUCUCCUCGCGGCUUCACUCCGCAUGGGCUGAGGAGGACGCGCUGCAGCGAGCCAUGCGGGCGCUGCAGAUGGAAGACGAAGAGACGGCGCUGCCGGCCGCUAUAGCGGCCUCAUUGCGGGAGAUGGCGCGGUACGACAGCGAACUGGCAGACAUACAGCAGGCCAUCGCGCUGUCUCUGGCCCUGGAGGAGGAGCGCCGGCGACUGGCGGAGCAAGAGGCUGCCCCGGCCGCCGCUUCCACCACAGGGCCGCUGCCGCCCGUCAAGGGAGCGCCCUCCUCGGGAGCCGCACCGCCCCCACCUGCUGCUGCCGCCCCCGCUGCCGCUUCAGCGGAGGUCGGGCGGACCUCGCAGCGCUUCGUGCCGGCACCCAUUGACGCGCCCACGGGAUCAGGCGCCGGCAGGGCUCGCGGGCGGGGUGCCGGCUACAAGAGCGACGGAGCGGGAGUGGACCUGGAGGCCAUCCGCAAGGCGGCGCAGCAGGCGGCAGAGUCGCAGAAGAAGCUGAUCGGCAAGGGCGACGUGAACGACGAGGCCAGUCGCUGGCUGCAGGAGGCCAAGAAGAAGCUCGUCGCGCAGAAGCAGGCGGACCGCGAGCAGGAGAUUGAGGCGUACAAGGCAUCGGCGGCGGCGGGCAAGGGCAAGGCUGCGGGGGGUGCCGGUGCCGCCGCCAGCCAGGACGAGGCCAA